AUGGAGACUCAAGUACCAGCUCCUCCAUCUCACGAUAAAGUCGCUCCUCGUCCUUACAAAUGUCCUUAUCCUUUAUGUGGUCGUGCUUUCAGCAGACUCGAACACCAGACUCGUCACAUUCGCACUCAUACAGGCGAAAAACCCUUUGUCUGCACUUUUCCAUCUUGCGAGAAGCGUUUCUCUCGUUCAGACGAACUCACAAGACAUUCGCGCAUUCAUAACAACGAUAAUUCUUUGUCUGGUGCUUCAAAUGCCAAAGGUAAACCAAAGGCAAAACAAAAUAUCUCAAUCAUAGAUGAACACACCGGCCCAGGCAUCAACCUACAUUCCUUGUCUCGCUCAGACCCUCAAGGAACUUCCAUCAGAGUAAAGAAGAAGGCUAGAAGUAGAGCGAACAGCGAUGACGAGGAUGAAUCAUAUGCCCGGCCAACCUCACUUGCCUCUUAUGAACCUUCUCACCCAAGACGCUCCCAAACUCAUCUCCCAGUUUCAUCAAAUCCUUCCGCUUUUUCAACUCUGUCAAGUCUAGCAAUGGACGAGCUUUAUGCACUCGAACGAGAAGAGGCUCUUCGUCGCGCAGAAUACGAAGCCCGCCAUGCAGAAGCUCUUCGACGUGCAGAGUAUGAAGCUCGUAACGCCGAGGCAAUUUACUUCCGCGGACGUACAUCAAAAAGUGCUUCCAAUUCCCCCGUCCACUCCACAAUAUCUCUCAAAACUGCUCCCAGUGACGGCUAUUUCGGUGUAUCAAGCACCCGUGAUUGGAACGAAGACGAAGACGUCAGAUCUUCAGACAGAUUCAUGCGCGCAAAACGAAGAAUGAGUGGCCCUGCAUGGCAAAUGACUCCUAUGUCACAAGACCCCCGCUCUGUCCCUGCACUUCCACCUUACCCCGAAGCUUCUAAACCCCGCACCCUGAACUCAGCCCUUCAUCCCCCCGCUUAUCGUCAUCUCGUAACACAUGAAGAUUCUCCGUCACCCUUGAGUUCCGAUUCUGACACUCAUGUCGCCGCACAACAUCCGCAAUCCCGUGCCACAUAUCCCGGCCCUGCAGAGUUCUCGGGCAUCAAAGCUACAGAAUUCACUUUCACACCGAGUACAAGCCCAUUCCUUGGCCCACUUCGCACCCUCAAUCUUCAUUCAGCCAACCCAUCAAGGGCUCCGUCACCCAUCUCUCUACCCCCCGUGGAUAUGCCUAUCAGCCCUAUAGAUGAACCUAUCAGCCAACGCUCCCGUCGUUCCAGCAUUGUCAGCAGUCCCCCAACUCGCGGUGCCUUUUUCCCAGCUUCCCGAAAACAAGGCUCGGGUUCAUUCGAGCCAAUUCCACAAGUAAGAACAUAUCCCGGUCAACUGUCCCUCGCUGCCCAAGCCCAGGCUUCUGAGCGAGCCUUACAUAAUCUCCCGACGCCCCAACUUUCAAGUGGGCCGAGUAGUAGUGGGAGCAGCCCGGGGAGCUCUACAUAUCCGUUGGUGGGGGGCGGAAUGCACAGCUCUAAACCGGUGUUUGAGGGUGGUGCGAUAACUACAAGUCCGAGUGGUUCAAGACCCAAUUCGCCCCCCCACCCGCACACGAACCAUCACCUUGCAUAUUCCGUGCGCAUGGCAUUUGGAAUGACACCCAUUAACUCUAGCCACCCACCCCGAAAUACGAGCUGGCCGAAUUCGCAUCAUUUGGGUAUGGGUAUGGGUAUGAGCACGGGUUUGAAAAACAAGGCUCGGAGUACGACGAAUGUUUUUCCGUCGAGCUCGGUUCCUGCUUCGAGGAGUAAUUCGCCGCCCAUUACUUUACCGCCUUUGAACCUAGGCGCGAACGAGAGUGUGGGCGAUAAGGAAGGAGAGGGGGAGGGGGAGGGGCUCCCGAUGGAUUUGGAUGAGGAUGAGAGUAGUAGUGAUGAGGAGGGGACGUUUAUGAGCACGGGUGGUGAGAGGAGGGGGAAGGUGGAACUUCCGGGUUUUAAGGAGUUUGAGGCUGCUACGAGGUCUGGGAGGUGA